GAUAAACAAGUAGCGAGCAUUUUUGUAUCAGCGUCCAACUAGUUAGCAUCUAAUUGAAAGUCUAUCGUCAGUUGCAAUAUUUAUGCACAUUAUACUCCAUAUCAUUAUAUUAUUAAGAAAUCUGGUAUAGUCAUACAGAUUUCUAGAAGUUAACAGUCAUCAGUGAAGGAAAACAAGUUAACUAUCAUUCUCCAGAAUGGGGGCAGACCUAUCCCCUUCAUCAGAAUUUGAAGGGAAGCACGAAAUCCUAAUUAAUUCACACUACUACGACGUCAUAAAUUGGAUUCCUCGCCACCCUGGGGGAAACAUUAUCAAGUUCUACACCAAACAAGGGGAAGACGCAUCCGCCGCAUUUGACCAAUUUCACGGAAGAUGCUUGAACGCGGCGGAAAAGGUCUUGAAACAUCUACCAAGUCGGGAAGUGGCCAAGAAAAAUGGAACCGUCCAGGACAAAACUUUCUCACGAAAUGAGGCUAACAUAAACCAGGAAUUAUCCACUCUGAAAUCCACCUUCGAAGCGGAAGGGCUCUUCAUUCCGUGCUACUCCCGAGUAUUCGCCCGCUUGUUGGAAUGCGCUAUUCUCAUCAUUUUCGGGUUUUACUUGGCAAGUAGCACCCCCCAAUUUGUAAAAUUGGUCGGACUUUUUACCACCGCUCUAGGAGCUGGUCGGUGCGGGUGGUUCGGGCAUGAAGCCGGGCAUCGGUCACUCACCGGAAAUCUGAAAAUUGACAAGGUUCUCCACCAACUCUCCUCCUCGCUGGGUAUGGGGAUAUCGUCGUCCUGGUGGAACAGCCAGCACAAUCGGCAUCACGCGAUGCCUCAACGACUCAAAUACGACGUUGACUUGGCAACUCUGCCGCUUCUCGCGUUUAACAAAAAAGUCGUUAAAAUGGGGGGAUCUAAUGUGAAUAAUUUCUUUAUUCGGAACCAAGCGAAAUUAUUUCUAUUUGUGGAUUCGUUUCUGGUCGUUCUUCAUUGGCAAUUUUUCCUCUGCCCUCGCUAUGUUUUAAAGAAACGUGCAUUCUCCGAUGCUUUUUUCAUGUCGUUGCAUCAUUUCAUCUUUAUUGGAGUUCUGGGUCCUAUCAAUUCAUUUGUGGUCACAUUUCUAACCGGGGCUUACCUAUUGGGAACUUUUUCUCUUAACCACACCCACCUCGAUGUGACCGAAGAGGGGAAAAGUUGGGUGGAGUACUGUCUCGAGCACACCGUUAAUAUCACCUCGACCCCCUUGACGGAUUGGUGGAUGGGAUAUCUAAACUUCCAAAUUGAGCAUCAUCUUUUCCCUCAAAUGCCGCAAUAUAACAAUCACCUGAUCAGAGACAGGGUCGCCGCACUGGCUAAAAAAUACGACCUUCCUUAUCGAACUCUUGGAUUUUGGGAAGCAUGGGGCAAAGUUUUCAGAAAUUUGGAAGACGUUGGAAAACACGCAGCGAAUAUGGUCGAGGAAUAGGAGCAAUUUUAACACGGGAAUUUUGUAGCAUACAAUUCACAUAAGUACUGAAUUUGAAAAUAUUUAAAAGUUCUUAUUUAGAAUUAACUAAUUUGGAUCUGUGAAAGGACCCUGAAUAAGUUAACUCUAGUUUUAUAAUGUUUUGUGCUGUCAUCUUUUAAAUUCUAUAUAGCAUAUUUGGGGAUUUUGUUUGUAGAUUUUAUGUAUCAUGAUUCGGUAAUAAAUGUUGAUAUAAAUUGAUGAGGCAAUUUUAGAAUAGAAACCACGAAUACAUUGUUUUGUCAAAAAAACUUAUUUCUUCUGACAUGACAAUAAAUUCUGAAAAGAUC